AUGCUAGUUGAGCUGCUACAUAUUGGCGCCAAUUUGGGGGAAUUACAUGGAUUAUCCAAUCUAGAAAACGGGCCGCCUCUGCUGCCUUGGAUAUCCUCAAAUCGUUCAAGAACGACGAUUCUGAGUAGCAAAAUGAAUUCCGAGUGCAUUUCAGCUUGCCUCGUCCAGCACCGAUGUCAGGAUAUUACCACCAUACUUGACCUACGAUAUUGCAGCUCUUCUCCCUUCACUAGAGGAGGCUUUGGGGUGGUUUAUCGAGGUGUCCUUAAGGACGGAAGGGUGAUUGCAUUGAAGUGUAUCGAGCCGUUGAACGGAUAUGAGACCAAUGAAUCAGGUCACGGAAAAAAUCUCAAGCGUGCGGCCCGAGAGAUAUACAAUUGGUCACGCUGCGAACACCCAGGUGUAUUACCGAUACUUGGGUUUGCCCGCUUCCGAGAACAUAUUGCACUGGUUACCCCUUGGAUGGGAUCGGGCUCUCUAAAGCAGCAUGUUCUACGUGGUCUAUCGCAAACGCCACUUCAAAUCUGCAUUGAACUAGCAACCGCUGUUGAAUAUCUACAUCAAAAUGGAAUUGUACAUGGCGACAUCAAACCGGACAACGUACUUAUGACAAACCAAGGACGGCCUCAGCUUGGCGAUUUUGGCAGUGCUUCAUCCACUCUUUCUACCACCCUCAACUUCACACAAACCCAUUCCUUUGGCUUCACUGUGAGGUUUGCAGCGCCGGAGAUAAUGGGGGGAGAAAAUCCCUUUACAAAAGAGAGUGAUGUGUAUGCUCUUGGAAUGACAAUAUUUAACGUUAUGACUGGACAACUUCCAUUCGCAGACAAAUCGGAGGUUUUAGUUAUUGUAGAAGUUUUAUCGGCGAGGAGGCAACCUCUUCAGCCUAAUUUUGGUCAUGUUCUUCAGAAGGAUGAAGCUAAAUCUAAGAUGUGGGAGCUAUUGAAGCGGUGCUUUGCUUACGAACCUGGUGACCGACCGAAAGCCACUCAGGUCAAAAAUGGUCUGAUGGAAGUCGAAAUGAUAAACAGCGCCUGA